AUGAGGGUUCAUGGUGUAGAUGCACGAGAGACUAAGCUGGAAAUGGAGAAAAGUGGAUUGGAAUGGAGGGAAAGCAAGGUUGAAUGGGUUGACCUUCGGGAGGAUGGGAUGGGUGUUGGGGAGGAUUGGGUUUUUGGGUUUGGAUUUGGGUGGAGGGUCAAUUUGGUGUUGCCGGUGCUAGUGAUUUCCGCCACAGCCAGCAAUUUUCACGAAUAUCAAGCUACCAAAACCAAUCAACGGCCGCCUCAGGCGUCCGAUCCCGCUCAUUUUUAUUUCCAUCAGUCACCCUGUUUGCGCCCCAACAGUUCACAUUUCUCUUCAUCUUUAAGAAUGACUCUGCGAAACAAAUCGGAAAUGAAAUCCACGAACAAAGUCCCCCCCGACGGAGGCUACGGCUGGAUAAUAGUCUUCUCCAGCGCUCUAAGCAGCUUCAUCAUUCUUUCGCUGCUCCAGUGCUUCGGCCUCAUCUUCAAGGACACCUUCUCCGACUUGAGAUUCACCGCCACGCAAGGGGCGCUCGUGGUCAACGUCAACGCGGCUUUCGGGAAGCUAAUAGGGCCCAUAACCGGGGUGCUGCUGAAGGUCUACGGAUGCAGGAGGAUCGCGCUGGUGGCGGCGUCGCUGCUCACUCUAGGCAUGGUGCUGACGUCGUUCUGCAGGAGUUUCGCUUUUUUCGUGGUCGCCUAUGGGCUCAUUUCGUCGAUGGGUAUGCAAAUGAGCGAGAGCACGCAGAGGCUGGCCUUGAAUUUUUACUUCAAGAAGAAGAGGAGUGUGGCGAUGGGGUUCGCGGUGACGGCGGCGGGGUUCGGGCCCAUUUUGGUCCCGCAGUUGAUUAGGGUGUUGAUGAGGGUGUACAGCGCGCAAGAAGUGGCGCUGAUUUAUGGGGGUGUCUGCACCCAUGUGUUCGUGGCGGCUGCGUUGCUCCAGCCGGUGAAUUGGCACAUGAAGGAGGAGCGAAACAACCCAGAGGAGGGGCUACUUUUGGAGUGUGAAAAGAAACGGGAAACUCUAUGUGGGACGAUUUUGACCAACAUUGCCAAAAUUUUUGACUUGGAUUUACUCAAGGACCCGGUUUUUGACAACAUUUUAGUCGGGUUGGCACUGGCGACGUUCGCCGAGAUAAACUUUACUCUUUUAAUGCCUUUCAUUCUUCACGACUUUGGGUUGAAGACCGGCGAAAUCGCCACUUUUUUGUCGACUUUGGGGGUCUCGGAUAUGCUUUUUCGUUUCGUGGGGCCCUACAUAGGCAACUAUUUUACUAAACCGUCGAGACUGAUGUACGUCUACGCGCUCGCUAUUCUUACAGUAGUUAGAUUCACUCUUCUUAUCUCCAAAAAUUACUACGUUCUUUUAGUGAUUGCCUUCGCCUGGGGGAUUGCUAAAGGCGUUCGGAAAGUUUACAUGUGGUUGGUUAUUCCGGACCAUGUGUCAGCCGAUAAACUGGCGUCUGCUGGAGGUAUAGAAACUUUGGCUAAUGGUAUUUGUAUUUUGGUUGGGGGACCCAUCAUGGGAGCUCUUCGUGACGCAACCGGGAGCUAUGUUGUUUGUAUUGUUGUUAUGAAUUGCGUCACUUUGGUCACUAUUUUGAUGUGGUCUGCAGAGGCCGUUAUUGUGAAAUGUAGGGGUAGAAAUAAGACUAAAGUGAAAGAAUAA